CGAGGCUUCCUACAAUCAAUUUGGUAAAUUCACAAGCAAUUCACCGACACCGGGGUCGCUGGGAGCGGCAGAAUUUAAAAUCCAAAAUACAGGCGACCGCCUUUCGCUAGGGUCCCAAAAAGAUCCCUCCUUUUCCUCUCCUCUUCCCGCCUUCUGAUCCCAUGUAAUUAAGCUGCCAAUCUUUUCCUUUACCCGACGUUCGACAGAGUCUAGGGUUUUGCUCGAUCGAAGGUCUCGGUCAUGAGUGCAGUGAACAUAACUAACGUGGCAGUUCUCGACAAUCCGGCGGCAUUCCUCAACCCUUUCCAGUUUGAGAUCUCCUACGAGUGUCUAGUGCCUCUUACGGACGAUCUAGAAUGGAAGCUCAUAUAUGUAGGAUCUGCCGAGGAUGAGAAAUAUGACCAGCUUCUUGAGAGUGUACUUGUUGGUCCUGUCAAUGUGGGAAACUACCGGUUUGUGUUUCAGGCAGAUCCACCAGACCCUACAAAGAUCCGGGAAGAGGACAUUCUUGGUGUGACUGUGCUGCUUCUGACCUGCUCCUACAUUGGCCAGGAGUUCAUAAGAGUAGGCUACUAUGUAAACAAUGAUUAUGAUGAUGAACAACUAAGGGAAGAACCUCCCACUAAGGUCUUGAUUGAUCGAGUUCAGCGGAAUAUAUUGGCCGACAAGCCCCGUGUUACUAAAUUCCCAAUCAAUUUCCAUCCUGAAAGCAAUGAAAAUGGAGUCCAGCCUGCUGUAAAUCCUUCACCCGAAGCCAUUAAUGGUGAUGAAGAUGAGAAUGAUCCUGAGCUAGAAAUCAAGAUAAACAUAGAUGCCGGAGCCCAGCCUGCUGGACAUCCUUCACCUGUAGCUAACAAUGCUGAUGAACAAGAGAACCAUUCAGCUCUAGAUGUCAAGAAGAAGAUAGAAGUGUAAGACAAUAGACUGAGACUUCGUUUGGGACGGCUUUCUUACUGUUUCAUAAAACAGUUUUUUAAUACAAAAAUUAAAAAGCUGCUUUAAGAAGUAGAAAAAAGACGUCCCAAACGAAGCCUGAGCAUCACAAUUCUUCAA